CAUCAUAUUCGAGCCAAGCAGUACUUUUUACCAACCGGUAUUCAGUGCGGUUGUAACAACAUGAAAUAUUUCUUUUCGAUAACGUGCCUCCUCGCUCUAUCGGCGACAACCAGAGCGUAUGGAACAGACGGUCUCGUUUAUGCCCCCGGUCACGCCUCUCCUGACUACUACGCUUAUCCAAGCUACGCCUUUGAAUACUCUGUAAGGGAUCCGCACACCGGUGACAACAAAGCUCAAUGGGAGAAAAGAGAUGGUGAUGUAGUCACAGGAGCCUACUCGUUGGUGGAACCGGAUGGAAGCAUACGAGUUGUGGACUAUCGAGCUGACGACAAAACGGGUUUCCAAGCUAAUGUCAAGCGAAUUGGUCCUAAUGUUCACCCGGACUACCCUCAAUACGCUUAUAACUAUGCCGUCUACGACCCAGUCACUAAUGACAAGAAAGCGCAGUGGGAAACUAGAGAUGGUGAUGUAGUCAAAGGAUCUUAUUCAUUAGUGGAGCCAGAUGGAACUCUUCGAGUUGUGGAGUACAAUGCCGAUGAUCAUAGAGGCUUCAACGCUGUCGUGAAGAAGAUCGGUGAAACUGAAGUGGAGGUGGACAGGACAUAUGAUGAGAGCAAAGCAAGAAAAAUGGACAAAACUUACCACAGAAUGGUACCCUUUAUACGGAAAGAUACAUAG